ACAAUCCUAUGUGACCCCUAAUGGGAUUACACGGGGUUGUAUAUAAGUGGAGGGUAUUUCGUGUCGCGCCGGAGUGUGUCGCGUCAGCCGCAGCGCAUUAUUUAGCCUGCGGGGACGGAUAGCUCUUCAGCAUCUCUUUAAACAACCAAUUAUCACAAUGGGCGAAGGAAAGGAUUUGGAAUGCGGUGAUCCUGGUAUCACAAGGCGGCAGUCGGUGAAGUUACCGAUGCUGCCCAAAGCCUUAACCCUCGAAGAGAAGAAAUAUCUUCUAGCGGUGGAACGGGGGGACUUGGCGAAUGUAAGAAGAAUGAUACAAAAAGCGCAUCGCAAGAAACACAUAGAUAUUAACUGCGUGGAUGCUCUGGGUCGUGGCGCUUUGACCCUGGCUAUCGAUGGUGAGAAUUUGGAGAUGGUGGAAUUGUUGGUAGUCAUGGGCGUGGCUACGAAGGAUGCUCUAUUACAGGCCAUCAAUGCUGAAUUUGUGGAGGCUGUGGAACUAUUGCUUGAACAUGAGGAAUUAAUACAUAAGCACCCCGAGCCUUAUAGUUGGCAAAAAGUAGAUUCAAACACAGCCACGUUUACGCCGGAUAUUACGCCUCUGAUGUUGGCGGCUCAUAAGAACAAUUAUGAAAUCAUUAAGAUUCUACUUGAUCGGGGCGCUACGUUGCCUGAUCCUCAUGAUAUAAGAUGUGGCUGUGAUGAAUGUAUUAGGGACACAAAUGAGGAUUCUCUGCGUCACUCUAUGGCCCGCCUAAACGCUUACAGAGCGUUGGCCUCACCAUCUCUUAUUGCACUGUCUGCUACAGACCCCAUACUAACAGCUUUCCAACUGUCUUGGGAGUUAAGGAAUUUGGCAUUUGCUGAACAGGAAAGUAAAGCCGAAUAUCUAGAACUUCGUCGUAAAGCGCAAAAGUUUGCUGUUGAUCUCCUGGACCAGUCUCGCAGCACGCAGGAACUGGCCAUAAUUUUGAACCAUGAUCCAGAAGAGCCGCCUUUCGAGGAGGGAGAACAUAUGAAACUAGCAAGAUUGGAGUUGGCUAUUGACUUUAAGCAGAAAAAGUUUGUCGCUCACCCGAACAUUCAACAGCUGUUAGCCACCAUUUGGUACGAAGGUGUACCAGGUUUCCGCAGGAAGAGUACCUUAGAGAAGAUUAUGAUCAUUAUACGAGUGGCAUUAUUAUUUCCCUUCUAUUGCUGCACGUAUAUGAUUGCUCCAAACUGUUCUACUGGAAAAUUGAUGAGAAAACCUUUCAUGAAGUUUUUGAUCCAUGCCUCGAGUUAUUUAUUCUUUUUAUUGAUUUUGAUUCUUGUAUCACAAAGAGCAGAAGUUAAAAUAAUACAGAUGUUUGGUCCGGAUUGGAUGAUCAAUAACUUGGAGAAAGAAUUAUUAAAGCAGAGGGGCAUUGGACCAACUUAUUUGGAGAUGCUCAUUUGCAUAUAUGUUUUGGGUUUUAUAUGGGAAGAGACCCACGAAAUAUAUGUCCAAGGUAUACGUUGCUAUCUCCGGAACAUGUGGAACUUUAUCGACUUCACCCGAAAUUCCCUUUACGUGGCUGUCGCGGUGUUACGUUUCGCUGCAUACAUACAGCAAAGCGCAGAAAUACAAAGAGAUCCUCAAACAAAGUACAUACCAAGAGAGGACUGGGAUGCCUUCGACCCGCAGCUGAUCGCGGAGGGGCUGUUUGCAGCGGCGAAUAUAUUUAGUGCCCUUAAGCUGGUUCAUCUGUUCUCCAUUAACCCACACCUGGGACCGCUGCAAAUAUCGCUAGGACGCAUGGUUAUAGACAUCGUCAAGUUCUUCUUCAUUUACAGUUUGGUUCUGUUCGCAUUUGCUUGUGGUCUGAACCAAUUACUAUGGUACUUUGCUGAUUUGGAAAAGCGCAAGUGUUAUGUUUUACCCGGCGGACUACCGGACUGGAAUAAUGCGGGUGAUUCGUGUAUGAAGUGGCGAAGCUUCGGGAAUGUCUUCGAAGCAUCUCAGUCACUCUUUUGGGCGUCCUUCGGAAUGGUUGGUCUUGAAAACUUCGAGUUGGCAGGAAUAAAGAGUUACACUCGUUUCUGGGGUCUCCUCAUGUUCGGAUCGUACUCCGUGAUCAAUGUUAUCGUUUUGUUAAACUUACUCAUCGCCAUGAUGUCUAAUUCCUAUGCGAUGAUCGAUCAACAUUCGGAUGUUGAAUGGAAAUUCGCACGAACCCGCCUCUGGAUGAGCUACUUUGAAGAAAGUUCUACUCUGCCACCUCCCUUUAACAUUUUCCCGACACCAAAAAUUAUUAUGAAGCUUUUUGGCAAGAAUAAAAAGGACGAGUCAAAAAAAUUGGAGGAACAGAAAGAAAAGGACGACGUGCGAUACACUGCAGUAAUGCGUGCUCUCGUAUGGCGCUAUGUCUCAGCUAUGCACAGACGAAUGGACGAUGAUCCAGUUACAGAAGACGACAUCAAUGAGCUGAAAGGAGAUGUAUCCGCUUUGAGAUAUGAGCUUCUAGAAGUAUUUGAGAAGAAUGGAAUGGAUGUUUCGUUCACUGACAGGAAAGAAAAGACCGUUCUUGCAAAACGCAUGAAAGUAUGGGAACGACGAUUAAUGAAAGACUUCCAAGUGACUCCAGUGUCAGUGGAGGAUGAUGGGAAGCCUGUGCAUGAGGACAGCCUCGCCAGGUUCAGAAGGAUCGCCAAAAUGGCUGCAGCUGCUGCUUCUGGCUCCAAGUGGGAUCAGACACUGGCCGCGACUGGGAUAUCGUCUCAAAUCGGUCGCUGUCGUACUCGACAAUCUUUCAAGAAACAGCAAAACUUGCAGCGCGCGAUCGAAGAAGCUAGGAAGUUGGUCAUGCAUUCACCCAUGCCCGGUUCAAGGGCAGCGUCUCCAGUAGAAAUGCCAGUGACUCCUGGUCACACCAUCUUAGAGCUCAUCAAGGAUAUCUCCACUGAAAUUAAGGAACAGCAUUAUUCCAGUGCACGUAUACCCAGAUCUCCGUGGAGAGGAGAGCCAGGUCCAAGUGGUGUACUACCUAAAGUAAGACUUCUGACUCCGAAUGGCAUUCAGAGCAGGUCUCUCUCUCCCAUUCCUAGAGGAUCCAGCCCUACUCCUUCCAAGAUAUCUACUACAAGUGUGUCUCAAGAUCGAAGCCUGAGUCCAGUGCCAAGGCCUGUUAGCCCUACUGGAAGUGACAAAUGUCAACCAGAGCCAAGUCCUCUGAAAGCUCAGCGUAUUUCUGGUAGCGGGUCGCCGCCACGGGUGGUGAAAAAGAAGCCCCCCGCGCCACCUCAGCAACCAACAGACAAUAUAAGAGAUGCGAGAUGCAAUGACAGAUCAUCUGAUGCCAUAGCCGUCGCUCGACCAGUCGCUCUUGACAUCAAACCCGUUAAAGACGCAUUACCGCCACCACCGCCGUAUACUAAGUCUAAGCCUACAACGGAAGUAGGUCCAGGUGCACCGUCAAGCAAGCAUCCAGUUGCAAAGCCAAGGUCCAGAUCUCCGUCUCCAGGACCGACACAGAUGGUGAAAACACCUGACACUUCACGUCUGCUUACUUCGACUAGCACGGAACUGCUCAUCCCUCCAUCCCCAGACGUUCUCCCUCCAGGGAAGAAGAUUAAUGACGUCAAUACAAUCAAGCGGCAACCAAAAACUGGUUGGCUAUAGAACAUUCUAGAAGGUUAUAACAUUUCUAAAAUGUACAACGAUAUUAUUUUUGAUGCAAUAAUAUUGAGUUAGAUAGGUUUUGUUUAGAAGUAUU